UUAUUUAUAUUUUUCUCCACACAAAUUUUUCUACUCGAGUCCAGGAAAAGCCUAAAGCAAGCGGCAAAGCAACAAAAGACGCAAAUCCUGUGUGUUGAAACCGACGACAGUAAUGGCGCUUCUCAGAGCUUCUUUGCUGAAGAUGACGUGUCACCGUAACGUUUGGCUUUCAUCGGUCACACCACUUACCGUGUACCCCAACUCAAGCUCCCUCCCUCUCCAGCCUCCGAUGUUCACUCUCUCAGCUUCCGAAUCCCCAUCCCAUUCCUCUUCCUCGCACGAGCCUCAAUUUCGGUGGAAGCCCAUGUGCUUGUACCACACACAGGGAAAGUGCAACAAGAUGGAUGAUCCUGUCCACAUUGAGAGGUUCAAUCAUGACUGCUCCAGGGAGCUUCAAGUGGCAUCUGCUGAGCGGCACAAGAUAUGCUCUCAGAAUUUCGACUUUUUCCUUGUGCUUGAUUUAGAGGGUAGGGUUGAGAUUCUUGAGUUUCCGGUUCUAAUGAUUAGUGCUAAAACAAUGCAAGUUGAAGACAUUUUCCACAGGUUUGUGAGGCCCACAGAAAUGAGUGAACAAAGAAUAAAUGAAUACAUUGAAGGGAAGUAUGGAAAAUUUGGGGUUGACAGGGUAUGGCAUGACACAGCGGUGCCCUUCAAGGAAGUUAUUCAACAAUUUGAAGCAUGGCUGAUGCAACGUCAAUUGUGGAAAGGUGGGAGCCUUGAUGGUGCAGCAUUUGUAACUUGUGGAAAUUGGGAUUUGAAGACAAAGGUACCUCAGCAGUGUCAGGUGUCAAAACUAAAGCUUCCACCAUAUUUUAUGGAGUGGAUUAAUCUAAAAGAUGUAUAUCUCAACUUUUAUAAAAGAAGGGCCACAGGAAUGAUCACAAUGAUGAAGGAACUGCAAAUACCAUUGAGAGGAAGUCAUCAUCUUGGAAUUGAUGACACCAAGAACAUAACAAGGGUAUUGCAGCACAUGCUACUUGAUGGUGCACUUAUCCAGAUUACUGCAAGGAGGAAUCCGAAGACGCCAGCAGAGGUUAACUUUCUCUUCAAGCACCGUAUUAGAUAGCGGCUUUGUCGUUGUCGAUGUAUUAUGUAACUUCUAAGUGAUUUGUGUUUAUGUUCUGCUGGGUUUUCGAGUGUAAUGAUACUUGCAUGAGUUGUCUACACUCUCAAUUAAUCCGAACCCAGGUAGCACAGUUAACUUGGUUUUGUUGACUUCAUAUAGUCGUGCUUGGUUAGUUAGUUAUGUACAAUUUGUAAAUCUUAUACAUGAAGCCUGUUUUUUUAAAAAAAAAGGGUUAAUAAAUGCUUGGUUGCGUAGGAUUAGCAAGCUAAUCAUCACUUGAUUGGUGAAACUGCUAAAGAACCCAAAUGCAAUGCAAUCCUUUAACGUGAUUUAACUGCGUUUAAGUUUUCUUUUUA